AUGUAUUCAACGGGUAAGCCCUCUGUUGCAGCAGAUGAGUCAUCUGGUGCAGCAGAUGACGCAUCAGUUGCAAUAAAUGACUUAUCUGUUGGGAGAAACUUCUGGUUCAGUCCCAGCUUGACAUGGUACUGUAAUAUGUAUCCAACAGGUAAUCUAUCUGUUGCAAUAGAUGAAUUACCUGUUGGGUCUUUAUUAAAUAUGGAAGGAAACAUGACAGAGGAAAACAAGAAGAAUCUUGAGUUUAUUGAAGAGGUGACUAGAAAUGUUGAUGAGGUACAAAAGAGAGUUCUUAAUGAAAUCCUCCCUCGAAAUGCCAACGUAGAGUACUUGCAACGCCUUAAUCUCAAUGGUCACACUGAUAGAGAGACAUUCAAGAAAGUCGUGCCUAUCAUCACCUACGAAGAUAUUCAGUCCGAUAUCAACCGUAUAGCCAAUGGCAAUAGAUCUCCAAUCCUAUGCUCCCAGCUCAAAUCUGAAUUCUUUACAAGUUCUGGGAUGUCGGGAAGGGAGAGAAAAUUGAUACCAACAACAGAGGAAGAGAACGGGAGGAGACAUCAACUUUACGGCCUUAUGAUGUCUGUGGUGUGCCAAUUUUUUCUAGAUUUGGGAAUUGGCAAAGGAAUGUAUUUCAUGUUCAUAAAGUCUGAAGCCAAGACCCCCGGAGGAUUAUUAGCUCGUCCUAUUUUAACUAGUGUCUACAAGAGCAGUCAUUUCAAAAAUAGCACGCCCUAUACGAGUCCAAUUAAAGCCAUUCUCUGCCUAGACUCUUACGAAAGCAUGUACUCCCAAAUGCUUUGUAGCCUCUGCCAAAACAGAGAAGUCGUCCGUGUUGGCUCUAUUUUUGCAUCCGCCUUCAUCCGUGCUAUGCGAUUCUUGGAGGAUCACUGGUCUCUACUAUGUAACGAUAUCCGAACAUGA